CAACUGAGUUCAUCAUUUUCUUCAUUCACAAUCGUCCAAUCAUAUUGUCUCACUUACUCACUCUCUCCACUGAAACUUUAAACCGUAAAAAUUCGUAAGCUUCCAGCUCCUCCUGUUGAUGAAGAAAAAUCAACGAUUCAAAUGGAGUGGUUCAGACGCAACCUUUCUCGGAGCUCAACUAACAAUAGCGCAGUCUCAAAUCCCAGUUCACAAUCCAACUCCAAAGAAUCUCAACAAGAAUCAGAAGAACAAAUUUAUGGAAUCACUCAAGAUUUGAUAAACCACCUCAAGUCCUUCACCAUUGACACCUUUAAGAAUUUCCCUCUCCAAGAUGAAGAUGAUUCCGCCAAUGGCGAAGAGCCUCGAUCGACUUCAACCAAAGUUAGAAAGGAUCUAUCUCAGUGGCAGGAGAGACAUGCAGUUUUGAUACUCUCAAGAGUCAAGGAAAUUUCUCAACUAAGAUAUUCACUGUGUCCCCGCCAUUUGAAAGAAGAGCAAUUUUGGAAAAUAUACUUUAAGCUUGCCAGGAGUUAUGUUGUCGAAUAUGAGCUGCGUGCCAUUCAACGGGAAAAGCUGAAAAAGAUGGCAAUGGAGGAUGAGAAAUCUUCAGACAACAGUCCAUACGAGGUUGAAAUGUCUGAAACAAAGCCUGGGAACUUUCUAGAGCCUCAACCACCAUCAUAGUUUGAAAGCACAUCUAUUGUUUAGUAGUUAAAAAAGAUGGUGAAAUAGUGCUGAAUCCUUGAAAAUUUCUGAAGAUAGAUUUGGGAAGGAGGUAUGCUACUUCUGUAAAUGAAAUGUUUAGGUUCCAUGAAAAAAAUCAAAACCACAGAUCCAACAAGUAACAGCUGAACCACUGUGGCAGAUGACUUGCCGUGCCUUGAUUUUUAUCAAACAUGCUUCUUUUAUGUGAUUAACACCAAUGAAUGAAGGAUGAAAUUUAUCUUUGUUUGGUUUCUA